UAUGUAAAAGCGACAGGGCUUCCUUGGAGAACGCAACGAGUGACAUGAAUGAAGCCAUAAACUUUCCAUGAACAGAAGAAUCUGACGAUCCAAGUGCUCGAUGAUUGCAAUCGGUCCAAAGUGAAGGGGGGUGGUACUAUUCCUGGUCGGUGGUCUGUCGACACCGAUCGUGGCUAAAAGACGAGCCACUUUUGGCGUCAUGGUGAUCGCCGGAAAGUUAUCAUUGCUUGGAGAAGCAGCUCUCUCUACAGCACUUACUUGGAAUAUUUCAUGCUUGUGUGGUCGUUACUGUUCGUGAUGAAUGCGUUGGAAUCGCUUCUGCAAGUGACUCAUGGGGACAUGAGGAGCCAUGAGAUGUCCACACGCAACUGUCUUAGCAGAUGUGAUGCGAUCACCCACCAUUGGCUCAUUGGUUAUUGUCGGAUUGUUGCAUGCCAGACUCGGAUCGGGUCGGGAUCCGAUUCAUUUGUUAAGGGACCUGUCCUUCUCUUCCCAUCGGGGAAGCAGAAGAAGCGGGUGGAGCCACUGCAAGCUCUCCUCUCCUUCCUCGCGAUGGCGACGGAGCUUUGGGACGAUAAUUACCUCGGGAAUAGGCGAUUUGAUAUGGAGGAAGGGCUUUAUCGUGACGGGGUCUUGCUCGAUAUGGGUGAUUGUGUUGAAUUCUACGCGAAAUAAAACGCGGAGGCGGGGACGUUUGCUUCGAUGAGGGCAAGAUUUUGAGCAGCAUGGAGACCUCAGCCAUUCUGCAACCACCAGCCCUCGCCUUCUCCGAACUCCUUGCAGGAGCUGGCGGCGUCGACGGCGAUGGCGGCAGGGACUUCCCGGCCUUUGCUGGAGAUUUCGUACCCAACUUCAAGUCUGCACAUCCUCCUCCUUCGCUGGCCAUCUCCCGUCCUCCCUUUUCGCCUUCGUCUUGUUUCGCCAUCCCGGCCGGCCUCAGCCCUGCUUUGCUCUUGGACUCUCCGGUGCUCUUCUCCUCAUCCAACAUAUUGCCAUCUCCAACUACUGGGACUUUACAAGCUAUGAAUCGGGGAAUCUCCUCUGCUGAUCAUCGACAAGGGAACAAAGAUGAAACCAUUGCCUGCUCCGACAUCCCAUACCAAACCAACACAGAACCCCAAAACUUUGAGACAGCAUCAUUUCAGACUUGUGGGUCUGCAAUCGCUGUGGAAGGCGCCUUCAAAACCCACAGACGGUGCAAUUAUCAUCACGAGACCAGCAACAACAUCAAAGUCGAAGCUGUAGCUCCAACUUUUCAGUCCGAGUUGGGAGCCCACCAUGGCCAAACCGAUCACGAUCGAUCCAGUCAAGCUCCUCCGACCCUCGAAGAACAGAGGAAGUUCGAUGAUGGAUGCCAUUGGAGAAAGUACGGUGAGAAACAGGUCAAAGGAAGCGAUAACCCACGGAGCUAUUACAAGUGCACGCACCCGAGUUGUCCGAGAAAGAAGCAGGUGGAGAGGUCCUCGGACGGACAGAUCACCGAGAUCGUUUACAAGGGUACUCAUAGCCACUCAAAGCCACAGUCCACCACGAGGCAUUCGGCCGCCGUUCAAGCGAUUCAGGAUGCUGCGCCUCCUGAAGCAUCCGAAGCUUCUUUCGGCGGGCCGGAUAAUUCAUCGGCGUCUUUUGGUGACAGUAUCAUCGAUUUGAGCUCUCGGAGGAGCAAUCGGGGAGGUGAAGCCUUGGACGAAACCGAACCAGAUGCCAAGCGAUGGAAGACAGAAGGUGACCAUGAAGAGCUAUCAGCUCCCGGAAAUAGGGCUACGAGGGAGCCGAGAGUGGUUGUGCAGACACACAGCGAUGUCGAUAUCCUCGACGACGGGUACCGUUGGAGAAAGUAUGGGCAGAAGGUGGUGAAGGGUAAUCCAAACCCGAGGAGUUAUUACAAAUGCACUACCAUGGGCUGCCCCGUAAGGAAACAUGUGGAGAGGGCAUCACAAGAUCCCAGUUCAGUGAUCACCACGUAUGAAGGCAAGCACAACCAUGAUGUUCCUGCAGCCAGAGGAAGCGGGCCGCACUUACAGAGCAGGCCUCAACCGGAGGAUUAUGGCACCGCCACAGCAGUGCGUCCAUCGUUCAUGGCCGGUCACGCCAGUCAAAUUGCUGCAUACGAUGCCUUUGGUGCCUCGGGGGUUUACGUCUCAGGUUACCGGAGUUCGGUGAGCUCGUACACCUGUCAACAGCAGCAGCAACAGCAAAUGGGGAGGAAGUUUUAGGCAGCGGAGCUUUUGUGUUCCUCCAGGUUUGGUUGUAAGCUACCGGUGAUACUGAAGCUUAAGUUCCGGUCU